AUGUUUCGAACAAGUCCAUUCUACACAAAUGUUAGAUAAGAAGUGUUUUGUGAAAUCAAUUAUCAAUUGGCUUAAGAAUUAAAUAGUAUGUAGUAAAAAUUAGAUCCCCUUAGUAGCAAUAGUAAAAAGAGCGCUUCGAAAUAAAAUUUCAAUAACAUAUGUAGAAAGAAUAAUUUAUAUUUAAUAUUAGUUUACAAGAGAGUGAAUGAUUAGGAAUCAAUUUUCGAAGAUCAGAUUAUAAAGAAAUGUUCGAACUGCUAGAUUAAAAUAGUUUCAGAUGAUAUAUAUUGUUCAGAGUGUAAUAAAUUGGUGUGUUAGAAGUGCAUUAAUGAAUGUAGUGUCUGUGGAAACAAUUGCUGUUUAAUUUGUAGCAAAUAUGCAUAUUUAUAAAAUGGUGAUUUUGUAGUGUGCUUAUAGUGUAGUUAAUAAUAAUAAUGAGGAU